AUGGCCUGCCGCUUCGACGUCGACGGCAACUACAUUGGCGCACCACCACCGACGCCGGCGCCAGGAGCGCUGCCGUCGGUCGAAGACCUUCUGUGUACACCGUCGUACUUUGUCGCCAAGUACGCGCGUCUCGCCCACGAAGCACAGGUGCUCCUCGCGGUCGCCGACGCUGGCGCCGCGCUGGACGUGCUCUUUGGGUACACCACGGAGCAGGUCGCCGACUACAAGCGCUGCUACGCGCUAGCACAGGCUGCGAAAGGACGCAUUGCAGACACGUUUUGCGUGCCUGAGUACGUCAUGCGGGCGACGGCCCUCGACAAAGUGGAGGCGAAUCUGCGACUGCUGGAUACGCGGGUCCGCGCCGAGCUCGCAACGCUCGAUGCGCUGCGCGAGAAGCUGCAGGCACUUGCCGAUAUGAACCACAACGUCGCGCAGCAGCUUGAGAUUGCGGGCGCGCACAGCCUCGCGGACGCCAAGGGCCAUUUGGCGACGAUCGAGACCAUUCUUCUCGAGCGCCUCGAGAUGCUAGUGAGCGGCAAGAUCCCGCUCGUGCAUUUCUUUGGGGAUGCGUGCUGGCCAGCGUUCGCGACCGGACUCGCGUCGCACCCAGCCCAAGAGAACAAUUUUCAGGAGAGCAGCGACGUUGCAGAGACAGAGUUCCACGCCAAAGCGCCCGACCACCUCCCGCCGUCCUCUCUGUCGUCGAUCUCGAGCAUGACGCCAAACGCACCCCGCGAAGACGACGCUAGCAGCGGCUCGAUGACGGUCAUGUCGGGCUCGGAAAGUCUGGAGUGA